AGCUUUGGGGGCGAUGGAGGAGGGUGCAGGGGAGAGAGAUGACCACAGGUGAGAUGCUCAGGCGGGCAGCAGCCCCUGCCUGGCUCUGCUGAGCCCUUGGAUGCCCAUUUCUGCUGCUGGGGUGGCAGCAGGAGCCAAAAAUAGCCCGUGGGGCCGCAUUCCCCUCCCUGCCUCACCCCUGAUGUCUGCAUCAGGGCACCUCCUCCCGAGUUUCCUGAGGAAGAAACCCAAGGCUGGCGGGAGGAAGAGGCUGCACCACGGGAGGGACGGGACAGAGGGGACAGAGGGGACAGACAGACGCUGCUGCAGCGCCGGGGAGCUGCUGGCGCCGGGGCCCUUGUGCCCCACCGCGAUGGGGAGCACCCAGCCCCUCCUCUACCUCCAGCUGUGGCUGUGGCUGCAGAGCUCUGCCCAGGAGCUCGACCCUGAUGGCAGGAACGUCUGCAGGCUCCCGGGCGGGCCGGGCUGCUGCCCCGGCUGGCGGCAGGAAGGGCAGGAGUGCACGGCCGCUCUGUGCGAGGGGCAGGAUGCCUGCGGGAUGGACGAGGUGUGCGUGAGACCCGGCCUUUGCCUCUGCAAACCCGGCUUCUUCGGAGCAGACUGCAGCUCCCGCUGCCCAGAGCAGUACUGGGGCCACGACUGCAAGCGGAGCUGCCCGUGUCACCCCAACGGGCGCUGUGACCCCGCGAGCGGCCGCUGCACCUGCGACCCCAACCACUGGGGCGAGCUCUGCCAGUUCCCCUGCCAGUGCGGCCCCCACGGCCACUGCGACCCCCUCAGCGGCUCCUGCCGCUGCCAGCCGGGCUGGUGGGGACCCACCUGCAAGAAGCAAUGUCAGUGCAACCUCUCCAGCUCCCGCUGCGACCCGCUCAGCGGGCACUGCCACUGCUUGCCGGGCUGGUGGGGCAGGAGAUGCAGCUUCAAAUGCUCCUGCAACCUCUCACCCUGCGCCCAAGAGACGGGCAAGUGCGAAUGCAAGCCGGGAUUUUGGGGGCCGGCUUGUCAGCGGCUCUGCGACUGUCUGCACGGCUCCUGCAGCCCCCUCAGCGGCCACUGCAGCUGCAGCCCUGGCUACCAGGGCAGGAGCUGCCGGGAGCCCUGUCCGGCUGGGAAAUACGGCUCUCAGUGCGUGCACAGCUGCGGGAGCUGCAAGCGCAGCCAGCCCUGCUCGCCCGUGGAUGGCUUCUGCUUGGCUUGUCAGCCCGGCUGGAACGGGACCCUCUGCAAGGAGCCCUGUGCCCCCGGCUUCCACGGCGACGGCUGCCUCCAGCCGUGUCCCCGCUGCCGGCACGGGGAGCCCUGCGACCCACAGACCGGGUCCUGUGCUCACUGUGAGCCCGGCUGGAUGGGACCCAGCUGCAACAGCUCCUGCCCCGAAGGCACUUUUGGGGAUGGAUGCCAGCUCCUGUGCCCUGAGUGUGUGGUGGGGAGCUGCGACCCCGUGUCCGGAGCUUGCAUCUGCCAGGCGGGCUACUGGGGAGACAGCUGCAACGAUACCUGCCCGGAGGGAUAUUUUGGCGUGAACUGCUCCUCGUCCUGCCAGUGCUCCCGGGGAACCUGUCACCCUGUGCGGGGUGACUGUGUCUUGAGUUUUAAAGACCACGGAGCCCUUGCAGCUGCCAUCCUCGUCCCUCUGCUGCUGCUGCUGCUCUGUGUUGCCUGCUGUUGCUGUGGAGCCAGCCCAGCAGAUGCUAGAGACAGGGCGGCCGUGGCGGAUGAUGACGUGGUGGCCAGGAUGAAGCACCACAUGCAGGGGGUGCUGGCAAACCUCAGUGCUCUGAUGCCUUGUUUUACCCUGGGGGCCUACAAACUUCCCAAAGUCACAGUUUCCCACCACGACACAGAAAUCCCCUUCAACCCCAGCUUCAUCGAGCCGCCGUCGGCCGCCUGGGUCUCAGACAGCUCCUUCUCUUCUUUUGACACUGACAACGAGGGGCCUGAGUACUCUGUCCCUCCCAGAGAAGGCAUCCCACUGCUGGGGGGUGCUGAGCUGCAGGAUGGGGCGUCCUCCCCCAGCGAGGUGCUCCCAGACCCAUCUGCCUUCAACUCCGAGGACGUCUCGCAGCCCUUCGCCAUCCCUCGUACCUCCAGCAUCGCCAAGGCCAAGAGACCCUCCGUGUCCUUCGCUGAGGGGACAAAGUUUGGCUCAGCAGAGACCCCCAGCCCCGGGCGGAAGCCCAAGAGCCCCUGGGGCCCAUCGAAGCUGUCCUCACAGCUGGGGGAUGUGGCAGCUGAGCCCCCCACUCAGCAGUCAGACAGUGAUUGCUAUGAGAACCCCCAGCCCCUUGGCAAAGGGGAGGAAAGCCACAGGGCAUCUCCACGGGGCACCCCGGGGGGACGCUGGAGGGGGGGUUCUGGCACCAGGCACGUGGCCCAGAGAGUUGAGGCACUCGAAGCAGCUGCUAAAUCCAGCAGCUGGGAGGCAAAGGGGAAGGAGCCCAAUGUCACCACCAUCUAUAUGAUGGUGGGGUCAGCUGGGCAGGACCCUAAAGCCGAGAGGGGUGGUGAGGGACCGGUCCAGGCCAUGCUGAAGCGACUGGGAAGCUUGCAGAGGGGCAAGUGGGAUACAAAGCAGGAGCCCAAGGUGAGGAGGAGCGUUGAGGCCAUCCAGAAACCGCCCCGCCGGGCCCUGGGGCAGCACAGAGACUCGGUGAAUAGCUGCAAGCAGAGGGACAGUGUCCCAGGGGCUCCCACUGAGCCACCCUCUGGCAAGCAGCAGCAUCUCCCUGGGAAGAGACUGUCCCUUCUUGCAUCUCCCUCAGUGAAAAGCAGCGAGGCCCAGGAUGAGGCUGGAGGUGCUGGAGGUGCCACAGACAGCAGCAAAAGCCCCGAGUUAGUCCUCAGCCUGGAACCAAAGGGAGAGGCUGCCCCAGAGCAAGAGCCCAAAUAUGAGAAUGUGACACCCUCCAGCCCUGCCAAGGAGCUGCCAACCACCACCUGAGCCACCAGCACCUCCUGGGCUGGGGCCAUGGGAGCCCAGGAGGACUUUCCAGCCUCAGCAUGAGGGGUGCCAAGGUCCCUCUCUGAGCUGUGGACUGCAGAAGCAUCGAGCCUUUCCAGUGACCCCCUUUUCCUCUGUGCUGUGGUGCUGGUGUGGACCCUCACUGGCUGGCAGGAUGGGUGAUGCUGGGAGCCUCAGCAGUGGCAGCCCCAGGGGCUUGUGGUGCUUCAGGGCUGUUUUCUGCUCCCCCCUGCCCCAUGUGCCCUGUUUUGUGUCUGCAGCAGCCCAGAGGGAUGGUGAUGCUCUGGAUGCAGUGGUGGAACCUCUGGUCCCCAUCAGCACCAGGCCUGGGGAUGUGCAUCCUCCUCCUGAAAGGGGCUGGGGCUCUGCUGGGAAAUGCAGGGGCAAAAAACAGUUUCACCCUGUUGGCUUUUAUUUCCCUGCCCCAGCUCUGCUAACACUGCUCAGAGCCCCUUGCUGUGAAGGUGCUUCUUGCUGGAGGGAAUUGUUUUGUGGAGCUGGGCUGGGGAGAGACGAUGGGCUGUCACAAGCAGCUUCCCCACAAGUGAAUGUUAACUGCUGAUCUGGAAUGGUAUCUGGGGCUGCAGGGCUUCACCUGUGUGGCUCUGGCUUUCCUGGCAGGCUCUGGCUGCCUUCAUUUCUAUGUACAUGCCCAGCACAUGAGGAGGCUGGUGGCACAGCACAGGGUUUAUCAAUGGCCUUUUUGCUGCAGCUGUGCAAGAGCAAGCAGGGCAGGAGGCUGUGGCCUGUGUGCCCAGCAACGUGUUUCCUUGGGUGGCUGAGGUGUGAUGAAGGUGCUGCAGCAUCUCCAGCACAGCCAGAGGACCUCAGGCAACACAACUGAGACGGGCACAAGGGCUCUGCCACCCGUGCAAAACGACUGAGAUGCCAAAGAGGGUUUGUGGCAUGAGCUGGUUUUAGAUAUAUCUCAGUGGUAGAAGUUUCUUGUGUAUUUUUUUCUGCUCUUUUGCAUGGCCUGAAAGCCUCUGAAUGAGAAUUAAAUGUUACCCAAGCCCUGCAAGAGCUGGGUGUCCCAGCUGCCUUCUCAAUUGAAGACAUGGCCAGAAGUACUCUCCAAAGUGUGGAAGCUUCAGGCUCUCAGGGCUGUGGGGGUUUGAAGUCUUCUGAGCCUCUUGAAUUCUGCACUCUCAGUCGUGGAGCUGAGCCCAGGGCAGAGAUUGGAGAGCAGAGGGCAGAGGGAAUGUGAGUGGGCUGGGAGCAUCUGGAGCAGCCACUGUACAGGCUGCAUCUCCCAGAUCACACGUUGAGCUCCAUGUGAGUCCUUCCUCUGCCGUGCCCCUGCUGAGCUGGGCUUUAGGGUUCAGGGUGUUUCAGAGGACAGUGUGUUUGCUUUUCCCCCUUUUGCUUUUCACAGGUGCUUCUCUGCAGCUCCACACCCUGAAUCCCCGCAGUGGCUGAGGCUUCCAGCCUUGCAGGCAGCGUGCAGCAACGUUCCCUGCUGUGACCAGAGCCCCAAAUAUCCCGACAUACAAAGGAUAAACAAGCUCAUUGUGGCAAGA